AUGUUCAGCCGGGUGCCCGGUAGCGUACCAGCUCUAGGCGCAGGUGCUGCUAUCGGUGGCUUUGUGCUAGACGCUUGGAAGCGCCGGCAAGAAGAACAAGAUCGCGCUCGUAUGGUUAAUCGCGUGAUCCACAGUUCCUUCCACGCUUUCCAGCCCAAAGUGGAAAUCCCGCGCGAGCAGGUCCAGGUCACCAUGAAGCGCCUGCUGGAUCUGGAUGACCGCUCCCCCGUGCUGAUCUGGGGCAACCACCUGGCCGGUAAGAGCUUUGCCCUCUUCAAGGCUUUCGAACAGGCAGGCUUUCGCGAGGGCAUCGUCCACGUGCAGCUCCACAGCGACAAGCACAUGGCAGGAGAAAAGCUUUGCCAGGAGCUGGGUGCCCUCGGCGACGUUGAGGCAAAGGAGGCCUUGAAGCAGGCCGCAAAGACGCUGAGCCGACGGCCCAUCAUUGUCCUGGAGAUCCCCCGGGAGGUCAGCGACAUGGCAGUUGUACGCAGUUGUUCUGGCUUCGCCAAGACAUGGGGCUACGACGCCGAAUUGGCGAAAGUCAUCGUGUUGGCGAGCAGCGCCUCCAUGGCCCUGAGCUUUGAUGCGGACGCCCGGGAAGUUCGGUUCCAGAUCCAACCGCUGAGCGAGGAAGAGUGCCAGCAGGAGGAGGUCCAGACGUUCCUCAAGCACCACGGUGGAGCCGUCGCCGUCGAGCACAAGUCGGAACUCCUCCACCUCUCCGGCGGCAACGUGGGCAAGUUGGAGGACCUGGCGCAGGCCUUGCGGACCAAGACCUUCGAGGAGGUCCGGCUCGAAACCAUCAGCGCGCAGGAGGAGGAGAUCCUGCGCUUCUUCGGCAUCGAUGCGCAGGGCGGCUUCGGCCCAAAAGAGGUCCCAGCUGCCAAGGAGGUGGCCCGCCGCGUGGCGGACGCCCCCUUUGAGCAGUGCGUAAGGUCCGUGGACUUCGCUGACCGUUUCACCAGCAAGGAUCUGGCACAGGCGGUGAAGGCACGAGGUGCCCACUGCAUCUAUGUCAAGGCCACCACUAAGGCGGCUGAGCGGUUUUGUGCAGCGUCGCCAUCCGUGCACGCUCUGCUCAAGAACACGAAGCCCAAACGCCGAGGCGGCGGCAGUGCAGAUCUCAGGUUCCUGUUCAAAGCCCGAGCAGCCGCUGCCAAGCAAGCAAGGAAAAACCAACAAGAGUUUGAGGAGCAGGAUCAGGAAGCACAUGUCCUUGAAGCGCCUCCUCUACCUGUGUCACCUCAGAUAUUCAGACAGGCAAGAAUUGUGGAUGAGAAGAAGCGCUUCAAAGUCAAGCGGCGUGGUUAUCAGGCGCAAAUUGUCAAGAGCGUCCCGCGUGCGAAGGAAAUAGCGACGAAGUGCUUGCAACUUGCGCGGCAAGGACGGCGGAAGAAGGUUGUGGAAAAAUUGAAGGAAAGGCUGAAGGCGAGCUAG